CGCCUUUGCGCCGAGACAAGUCUGUCACUCGUCCAUCCAGAGAUGGUUUUGAGAGUCACAAUGGCUCAGAAUCGCUUUUGCGCCGGGACAAGUCUGUCACUCGUCCAUCCAGAGAUGGUUUUGAGAGUCGCAAUGGCUCAGAAUCGCUUUUGCGCCGUGACAAGUCUGUCACUCGUCCUUCCAGAGAUGGUUUUGAGAGUCGCAAUGGCUCAGAAUCGCUAUUAAGGUCCGCUCGUCCAAGCGAGGAUAUCAGAAGACCAGCACCACCUAUUCCUCGCGUCUCUGUAGACCAGGACGUCGAGCAGCGUGUUCUCCAACGCCCUCCCGUCGAGCUGAUACACUCACGGUCUCAGCCUUUGCCUGCGAUAAAAGUACAGGUCACCCAGCAACGGGUCUUCAUUGGAGAUAUGCAAAGGUUCAACACGGUGGAGAUUACCCCAAAUACCAAUGCUGGUGAUGUCAUUGCCUUGAUUGCAAGUCAAGGAUCGUUGGAUAAUACGGCAGUCUGGAUGUUGUUCGAGCUCGCGAAUGACUUUGGCAUGGAACGCCCUAUCCGAAGUUAUGAGCUACUAUCAGAUGUCACUGCUUCUUGGAACAAAGACAAACUUCUAAAUGCAUUUGUGGUCAAACGCACCUACUUGGCACCCUUCUUGAGCCGCUCGAACAUACCUACAAGCUCCCCUACCAACCGCGGGUAUGUCGAAUAUGAGAGCAAGAAGGGCAAGUGGAGCAAACGUUGGAUGGAAUUGCGAGAGCACAGCCUGUGGUUGUCCAAGCGCGACACAGGAAAGGAUGAGACUUUCCUGUGCUCACUCUCCAGUUUUGACGCGUAUUACAUCACCAGAAAACACAAGUCUCCUAAACCGUUUGUGUUUGCCAUCAAAUCUACUGACAACAUUUCACUAUUUGAGAAUAUGUCGGACUAUGUUCAUAUUUUGUCAUGCAACCAAAAGGACGGCGAGAGAUGGAUGGAAGCCAUCCUUGUGGCGCGAUCCUACGUUCUUUUCCAGGAGCGACAUGUCCUAUUCGCAAAACCGGUGGAUUCCGCCUCGAUCUCUAACACCCUAUCUCGGUCUCAAACAAGAAAACAGUCCAUCUCUACACGCCCUAGUCAGCCUCUCGUUAAUGUCUCACCUCCCUUCAGUGCAUCAGCUACCGCCAGCGUCACAUUCGAACCUGGAUCUCUCCUGGCCAAACGUAAAGGAGAUGUCAUGUCAUGAUGUGCCUUGUGAACUGAAUAUACCCCACAUCUACUGUUCGUGUCAUUGCAUAUUGCAUAUGCAAGCUGUAACUACCUAUGUAGUCGGAUUCAAAACAAAUGUAUAC